AUGGGCGAUGCCAUCCAGCCCCUUACUCCGGGAGAUGACCUGGAGCAUCAAUGGAAGGUCAUGAAAUGGAGGUUCCAUGGGUUCGUUGAGUUUGAUAACAUUCGAUCCAAAUGGAGUGCAGAAAAGCGAGCGGAGGCUCUCAUGCAUAUUAUCGGUUUAGAAUGUCAGUACCUGUAUGCGAAUGCGACAGAGGAGCAAAGGAAGGAUGUCAAGUUGCUAACUGCGUUAAUUGAUGUGAACAUAAAGCCCCGAACGAAUCAUUCCUUUGAAAGAUUCAGGUUUCAUCAAAUGACUAGAAAUCAAAAUGAAGAUAUCAAUCAAUUCAUAGCAAGACUUGAAUCUAAAAUUGAUGGAUGUGGAUUGCCUGAAACUAAAGAGGAAUUCAAGAAAAUGCUUAUCAUGGACUCUAUCAUUCACAAUCUACAUGAUCAAAGUUUACAACAAGUGUUGUUCACUAUCAAAAAUGAAGAGCUCAAACUAGCUAAAGUGAUUGAUAGCAUUACUGUUUGUGAAGCAGGCCAAUCUCAGUUGAAAGAGAUCCAAGUGUGCCGUUCAAGAGUUGAUCUUGAGUUUGUGGUUGCUGAUGUAGAGAGUGUGCCUCUUUUGGGUUUAGAAUCAUGUGAAGAGUUUGGUCUUAUAAACAGACAAACAAGACCCAAACCAUUAAAUGUAAAGAACGUGUUUAAAAUCUCAAUUAGCUCCUCAAAAACUAGUAUUGUUAAAGCAUUUAAUGAAACUUAUGCUUCUCUAUAUUUUUCAUAUGCUGAUAGAUAUAAGUCUAUUGAUGAGAUAAUAGCAAACAACCCUGAUGUGUUUAAUUCUAAAGCAGGCUGUUUUCCUGGUAAAUUCACGCUUGAUAUCAAUCAGAAACUGAAACCUGUUGCCAUACCAUCUCGUAGAGUUCCUCAGAAAAUCAGAGAAAAAUAUAAACAGUUUCUCCAUGAUUUAUGUGUUCAAAAAAUAAUUGCCAAUACUUCAAACCCUGUUGGAUGGAUCUCACCUGUAGUGUUGUUAGAAAAAGCUAAUGGUUCACUUAGAUUGUGUCUAGAUCCUAAAUAUCUAAAUGAAGCCUUAGGUAGGCCAUUUUAUCAAAUACCAAGUCAUGAAGAAAUUAAUGCCUCACUGUCUAACAAACGACUUUGCACUGUCAUGGAUUUUUCGUCUGGAUUUUGGCACUGCAAAUUAGAUAGCAAAUCCAGUAACUUGUGUCAAUUUUCCACACCUUUUGGUGUCUACAAGUUUUUAAGAUUGCCAUUUGGCCUUAAGCCAUCACCAGAAAUAUUUCAAAAAGCAGCCUGUGACAUUUUUGGUGAAAUAGAUGGAGUUUUAAUCUAUUUUGAUGAUAUUUUAAUUGCUGCCAAUAGUGAAGAAGAACAUGAUGCAAUAUUUCAGAAAGUGAUUGAAAGAGCAAGGCAGUAUAAUGUUCAUUUUAACCCUACUAAACUACAGUACAAACUAAAUUCAGUUAAAUUCCUAGGGCAUGUCUACUCCCAAGAGGGUAGAUCUCCCGAUCCUUCACGAGUCACAGCCAUUGAGAAAUUAGAAAAUCCUAAGAAUGUUAAAGAAUUGCAACGAUUUCUAGGCAUUGUAAAUUAUGUUCGAGAGUUUGUUCCAAAUCUGGCUGAUGACACUGCUUUUCUCAGACAGCUACUUCGUAAGUGUGUAGAAUGGAUGUGGUUACCUGAUCAUUCUGAGGCUGUUAAAAGAAUUAAGGAAAAGGUUUGUAAUGCCACUGCUUUGUGUAACUUUGACCCUGAAAAGCCAAUAGUCAUUCAGUGUGAUGCAUCUCAAUUUGGAUUAGGUUCAUGCCUUAUGCAAGACAACAAGCCUGUAGCCUAUGCAUCACGGAGUUUAACUACAACUGAGCAAAAUUACGCUCAAAUCGAGAAGGAAUUACUUGCAAUUGUCUUUAGUUGUCAAAAAUUCCAAUACUACCUGUAUGGUCAUCCAAAUGUUAAAAUUCUUACUGAUCAUAAGCCACUUGUCUCUAUUUUUAAGCAAGCCUUAUCUAGCAUAACAUCAAAAAGAAUAACUAGGUUAAUGUUAAAAACUGUAGCAUACAAUCUAGAUGUUACUUAUUUGCCUGGCUCUAAAAAGUAUAUUGCUGAUGCUUUGUCACGAGACUACCUGCCUCAUACUAGUAGUGAUGAAGUUAAAAUGCUUCAAGUUCACAUGGUUACCUGUAAAAAGUAUAGAGAUUCAAUUUACUUAGAGGCAACAAACAAUGAUAAAAUCUUACAAGAGGUAAUUGGUUAUGUUAAAACAGAGUGGCCAAUCAAAAUCAAAAUCUCUCCUGAAGCUCAACAGUAUUGGUGGUGUCGCAAUUUCUUAGCAUUUGAGAACUCUUUAUUAUUUUUCAAAGAUCGUCUUGUUAUACCUCAUGAAUUAAGAACUCGAGCUUUACAAGAACUUCAUGUAGGCCACCAGGGCAUAGUAAAAUGUAAAACCUUAGCCUCUCAAACUAUUUAUUGGCCUGGUAUCACUAAAGAUGUAGAAAAAUUUGUUAGUGAAUGUUGUGUCUGUGCUCGAUCUGCUCCAUCCUUAAGAAAACAACCACUAAUGCCACAUCCUAUUCCAGAUUUGCCUUAUCAAAAUAUUGCUGUAGAUAUUCUUGAUUUUAAUGGUAAAUAUUUUUUGGUUACUGUUGAUUGCUAUAGUAAAUGGCUUGAUGUAAAUUCAUUAUCAAGUACCAAAAGCAGCUCUGUUAAUAAUGUACUAGAACAUCUUUUCUCUGUGCAUGGUAUUCCUGAAGUGAUUUAUUCUGAUAAUGUUCCCUUCAAUUCAAAAGAGUUCCAACAAUUUCUUCAAAUGUAUAACUGUCAGAAUCUAACAUGUAGCCCCCAUCAUCAUCAGAGCAAUGGUUUAGCGGAGAAAGCCACACCUUUACCAAGUAUAGGCUUAUCACCCGCACAGAUGUUAAUGAGCAGAAAUUUAAGGUCAUUUGUUCCAAUUAAAGCCAACUUGCUAAAGCCAUUUGUAAAUCCAAACAUAAAAGAUAAAUUAAAAGCUAAACAAGAUACUAUGACUGAGCUGUACAACAAGAAGGCAAAACGUAAAAGUCAUGAAUUUCAAGUUGGUGAUUUAGUGUAUGCACAAAAUGUUGUAACUAUGUAUUGGGAACCUGCUAUAAUACUUGAAAUAUGUGAUAAGCCAAGAUCCUGUGUGGUUAAAAUUGGAAGAUCUGAAGUGCGUCGAAACUCGAGGCACAUUAAACCUAGACUGAUGUCAGAACCUGUGAUAACUGUACCAAAUACUUUGCCUUAUGUUAUUGCUAAUCAACUUGUCUCAAAUUCUGUUAAUGUUCCUAAUCCUGAUCCUAUAGUGGAGACUCAGCCAAGGCGUUCCACUAGAGAGAAGAAAUCGGUUGAAAGGCUUAAUUUGUAA